AUGCUUUGGUUGAAAUCAUCAUUCACAUUUUAUCUUCUCUUUGCUUUAUUUUACGCAAAAACUUUUGCAAAACCGUAUGUGGAUCGAAAAGCCAGUCACCAGAGGAAUGAUCUCUCCUUUGUGCACACAUUCGACACAAGAGAGACUUGUAUGGAUAGAUGCCGACAACAAUGCACCCAACAACAUUCGGAAGACUUAAUGAUGCCGAGAUGGCUAUGCACUUUGCAGGACGAUGGCGGAACGAUGAUGUUGGAGAACGAGGAAACGAGUUUCUCUUUCUCCACAAACACUUUAUUGAUCUCAAUCCCGGCGGAGUUGAUUUCCAAU